UUUAAAUGUUCUAAAAUUCAGGUUUAUUUGUUGGUAAAGAAGGACCCAUGAUACACAGUGGUGCUAUUAUAGGUGCUGGAAUACCUCAGUUCCAAAGUAUUGCAUUUCGUAAAAUCAAAUUCAACUUCCCUUAUUUCCGAACAGAUAGAGAGAAGAGAGAUUUUGUAUCUGGAGGAGCAGCUGCUGGAGUGGCAGCUGCAUUUGGUGCACCCAUCGGUGGAGUGUUGUUUAGUCUGGAGGAAGGAAGUUCGUUUUGGAACCAGGGACUUACCUGGAGAAGUUUCUUCUGCUCUAUGGCUUCCACAUUCACAUUAAACUUUUGUUUAUCUGGCAUACAAGGCUAUGGCUGGGGCUCUUUUAAUCAACCAGGAUUACUAAACUUUGGAGUUUUUAGUUGUCAUGGAGAGGAGAACUGUAACCUGUGGAACAUACAAGAUGUUCUGAUCUUUAUAGCUAUGGGCUUCGUAGGUGGUCUCCUUGGAGCAUGGUUUAAUGCAUUGAACAAGCAUCUCACAGUGCAUCGCAUUUUGCAUGUGUAUUCUCGAUCCAAGCAUGUGAGGAUUCUUGAAGCAGUCCUGGUUGGUUUGAUCACCACAUCAGUAGCAUUCUUUGGUCCAAUUUAUCUUGCACGUUGUAAAACACUUCCAUCGGGUAGUGUCUCAUCUGCAAAUAACACUAUAUCCUAUUUUUGUCAAGAAGGACAGUACAAUGACAUGGCAACAUUGUUCUUCACCUCCCAGGAAUCAGCAAUACGGCACCUUUUUCACCUGGAUGGUGCCUUCAGUUUAACAUCUUUAGGAAUUUUUUUUAUUUGUUUCUACUUCCUGGCAUGUUGGACGUAUGGAGCAAGUGUUCCUAGUGGUCUGUUUGUUCCUUGCUUGCUGUGUGGUGCAGCUUAUGGCAGGUUUAUUGGCGAGCUCUGCAGGCUACUGGGAUAUGAGCACACUUACCAUGGGACGUUUGCGCUGAUUGGAGCGGCGUCUUUUUUGGGUGGAGUUGUGCGCAUGACCAUCAGCUUAACUGUCAUCCUGAUAGAAUCAACCAAUGAGAUCAGUUAUGGUCUGCCCAUUAUGAUUACACUCAUGGUAGCAAAAUGGUCCGGAGAUUUGUUCAAUGAAGGCCUAUAUGACAUUCACAUUCAAUUAAAGAGUGUUCCUUUACUUGAAUGGACAGCCCCUCAGGAAAUGUACAGAUUGAAAGCCUCAGACAUCAUGGAGUCCUGUCUGUCCUACAUUUACCCUCACACAAGAGUUCACUCCAUCAUUGGGAUUCUGAAGACAACAGCCCACAAUGCUUUCCCAGUGGUGACCGUUGACAAAAACACUCAAAGGUUACCACAAGGGAAUGAUUUUGAAUACAGAGUUGAUUCAUCAAAUGAAUUAUUUGCUCGCACAACCACCUUUUCAAGUUUGACAAGCGAGCAAAAACUGCGACGACAUUUAACAAGUCAUGGAGAGAGUAGUGUGCUGCAAAGGAAUAGAGCUGAGUCUGAACAUCAUCCAAGAAUUGAGGGUGUGAAGAAUAAGAGGAGAAAAAUUAAAAGUGAGAGCCAUCAGGAUGAUUUGAAGGUCACAACUUCUGCUCCUGGGAUGUCCUAUCCUGUUAAUGAAGACAACUUUACAAUUCAAGGGAGAUUGAUGGCUGAUCAUGGUGUUGAUGUCCCUAGUGGUGCAAUUAACCCAAAUUUUAGUACUGUAUCAGUCCCUGUUUUGACAGACCGGGAGGAGCCCCAGGCACUGACAUUUCAUGGGCUCAUUCUCAGGUCACAGCUGGUAACUCUUCUAAAAGAGAGAGUAUUCUACACUGAGAAUACACAGACACCCAAGAGACGUGACCUUAAUUUUGAAAGUAUGACUGAAGACUAUCCUCGGUUUCCUGACAUUCAUGACGUGCCAGUUGAAUUUGAAGAUCAACAGAAAAUUAUGGAUGUAACACCCUAUAUGAACCCUUGCCCAUAUAUGGUAUUUCCUUGGACCCCUGUGCCACUGGUCUUCAAUCUUUUUAGGACAAUGGGGCUGCGACAUUUGAUCGUGGUUAACACUAAAGGGCAGCUUGUGGGAAUGAUAACACGUUACAAUUUAACCCAUGAAUACAUGGAGCACUGUUUAGAAAACCUUGGCUGAAACUAAAAGUACUACUUGCUGGAUGUAAAAUUAGACAAUCUGCUGGGAUUUAAUUUUUAUAACACUUUAAUUAGGAAAAUAUUCCUCACCAUUUGUACCAUAAUUUUUUUUUCCAGUGGAAAGUAAUUACUUUUUUAUGCUGUGAAUGGAGGGGUGAAUGAAUAAAUUAAUGAAUGAAUUUAGUGACUGGGAGAAAAGGAUUACAGAUGUAAGAAAUAUUAAAUUUUCCAUGUAAGAAAUAAAAUUUUAGAUUAACUUAAGAAAUUGAUGGAUUUUUGCAGUUUAUUUUUAUAGGAAGAGUAGAGAGGAUUCAUGCAGAAAAAGAUGUUUCCUACAUAAAUUUGCAUGAGUAGUAAUAACAAUUUUUAAAUAGGUAGAAUUAAAAAUUGCAUCUAUCUAAUUUUUGGAAAUUUUAGGCUUAGUUGUAGUUUGGUAAUACAACCAUUUUCAAAUUUUAUGUUUGUGAUGCAGAGACAAAAUUUCAAUAGGAAAAUGAAAAAAGAAAUGAAUUAAACCAAAUGCAAAACAUAGGUGUAAAAGAUGCUUAUUUUAAUAAUUAGUUUCUGUUUAAAAGAAUAUUUUACAUACAUUAGAAAUAAGAAUAUUCUGUUAUUAAAAUUACAAGUUGUAAAAGUUUUUUUAUAAAAUUAAAUAAAGGCCAAAAUUUAUGCAUA